AUGAAGAUCGCUCUGCUGCUGCUGCUUGUCGCGGCCUUCGCUUCAGCUCAAAGGAUCACAACUAUCCAGCUGGACGGUGUGCAAUACUUCGUGUCAAGGAUGAACCCGUACAGUCCCGAGCUGAAUUAUUUCCUGGCGUACCAAUACUGCCGCUCGCUGGGUCUUCAGUUAGCCUCUUUCGAGACUAAAGAAAAAGCCGACACGAUGACGCAGUACUUGAAGAACGCCGGCUACGUGAAGUACGACUUCUGGACAUCGGGCAACAAGUUGGGCACGGACAUGUUCCUGUGGAUGAGCACAGGUCUGCCGUUCAACGCCACCUUCGAUUACAUGUUGAGGCGACCUGGCAACAGACCCGUUGACGUUCCACCCGGCACCGAGCCUCAACGAGUGGCACGCGAAAGCGGCGACAGCGGCAGCGCCGAUGGAUGCGUCGCGAUGGCGGCGCCUACGCUAGCGUGGGAGGCACAGGACUGCACUCUGGUUAAGGACUUCAUCUGCGAGCAAACAAGAUGCUACUACUACAACUACGGCAGCAUUCCAGUCUCUGCGACUCAGGGAAAUCGCAGACCCUACAUAACAACCACCUCGGCGCCAGCCAGCGACGACCAGGUCGACGAGCACGUGGAAAGCAACGCCGAGAAAAUCGACGACGAGAACGAGAACAGCAGCAGCAUCGACGAGAAGGCAACACCGGAAGAGGAGGAGAGCUCUGUCGAUGAGAAGUCACCUGAAGACCCGGUCGUUAGCAGGCUGAUUACCACGGCCGUUCCCGCGUCUGACAAGCAACAGCAAGCCGUCCUAACACCGUCCACAAUAUCCCCCGUCAUCACCGAAGAUCACGAGCAACCAACCGACAACGCUGACAACCUGGAGGACAACGUCAGACCAGAUCAUCUUCCAGACAUCGCCAGCCUUUUCACCGAUCCUCCAGGACCGCAAGCAAGAAAGGACAACGUGUUCGAGGGUUUGCAAACACGCGAGAUUCAUCGUUCGUCUCUACGUUCCACCUCGGACAUGAAGGUCGAGCAUCGAGAGUCGCCGGACUACUUCGAGGUCCAAGGAGGAGAGACCGAGUCGCCGAACAAUGGAUUAGAAGAUGCUCACACUGUUGGUCCGUACGACAGCGCUCAGGAUUACUACGUGAACGACCAACCAGAGGCGGGUGAAUCGUUGAUGAUGAAGGAUCAAGACGACGACAGCAGCACGAUCCUGCCAGAGGCGGAACCGGCCCACAGGUACAAGAUCAAAGUGCGCACCAACGGCAAAGUAUUAGACCCUCCGUCCAAGUAA